CGAUAAUGCACCCCACAGAAACAACACCAAUUAUGCCAAAAUGCGUCUCGCUGUGCUUAUUCUCCCCGCCCUAGUGCUCACCACCUGGGCGGAGCCCCGUCUCGAUCGAGAGAAGGUCGUGAAAGCCUCCGAGGGCGUGCAGGACAUUGCCAGGCUGUUCUUGUCCAAACACCCAGCUCUACGAGAUUAUUUUCUUGCUCAGAAUAAGGCUCCCCAUGAAAAACGAAACCCAGCCUUUGAGAUCCCCCCCGGCACGUCGGCCAACCCCAUCGAGAAUAUCGGGAACUUGCUGAGGGGUAUUACGGGGCUCCUGUCACCGACAUUUCUCCGCGAUGUAGAAGAUAGCGUGCAUGCGCUGGGCAAGCUGGCGGAACAGCCGUCACCGGAUCAGACGAAGAAGCUCGUGCGAUUGGCGUCGCGCUUGAAGGAUCAGGGCUUGGUGGAUGAUGCGAUGACGCUGCUGGAUAAUGCAUCGAACCUGCUUACCCCGGAUUUUGUGGAUACCGUCGUCGAUCUGGUGAAGAAUGUGGGUCCGCUCGUUACAAACGCCAAUGUCGAUCGGAUUAAGAAACUGCUGCACAACGCAGGCUUGUUGCUCACGCCACAGUUUAAUGAUGAUACGCGUCUGCUGCUUCAUAAUGUGGAGAAGGCUCUUCCGGUGGAGCACAUAGCUGCGUUGAAGGUUGUGUUGGCUGGAGCCAAUGAUCUGCUCGAUCAGGGAGGCGUGGACCGGCUACAGGAGCUGUUGAAAAAUGGGAAGGAGCUGCUGACUCCGGAGAUGAGCAAGAGUAUUCAUGAACUGAUUAGGAAUGCUGGUUUGCUGGCGACGUCGGAAACGUUAGACGCCGUCGACAAUCUGCUGCAUGCCGCGUCACAGCUGCUAACUGCCGAUAUGGCCAAGAAGGUAUCGGCUGUCAUGGACGGCGUGGACGACUUCAACCUCGAUCUAUUGCAGCGCGUGCCGGGUAUGCUCGACAAUGCGGCGGAUUUGCUGACGCCAGACGGGGUCCGACAGAUCAGUGGCUUGCUAUCUAAUGCUGGAGUCCUGGUGGAUAGUAACGCGCUGGAGAAGGUCGGCCCAUUGCUCCAGAACGGUGCUAGCCUUCUCACGCCGAACAUGACGGACGAUAUCAAAAAGCUGAUUGCUAUCGCUGGCGAGGCUGAUAUUAAGAGCAUGCUGAAUCAAGCCCUGCCCAUGCUAGAUGUGGCCGCGCGAUUACUCGAGAAAGACUCCGUGAAAGAAAUCCAUAGUCUUUUAAAGAAUGGAGGCCAGCUGCUCACUCCGGAUGGGGUGCAUAUUAUCCGCGGAAUGAUCGACACGCUCUCGUCGGGCGUCACACCACGGCUGCUCGAGCAGGUGCAGGAUCUACUGGCUACCGCCCAGCGGCUGCUGACGUCGGAGAUGACAGACCAUAUCAGGGAUCUGAUUGGAAACGUUUCUGUGGCGCUGCCACCACAGACCCUGCAGAGAAUUCCGUCGCUGCUAGGUAAUGUGGGCGACCUUCUCACUGAACAACGCGUUGAAGAUAUCACUGGAUUGGUGGACAACGUAUCUCCAGUUGUUACGCCCGAGUUGAUGGACCGUGUGCAGGGACUGUUGAGUAACGGGGCGAAACUGCUAACCGAGGAACGGGUGGAAAAGAUGGGGGUGUUAAUAGGGCACGCUUCCAAGGUAAGUCUAUAGUAUAUCUGGACGAUGUCAAUACUGACAGUAUUAGCUGGUUGGACAACUCAUCGAGCUCCUGCGUACCGUCCCGUAUAUCAAGAUCGAGAUUCCGGAUGUUGGGGGCCUG